AGUAUAUUCCGUUCAUUGCCAGCUCAAAACCUCUCUAAAAUACCACACCGUCUUAACAAGAAUCCUCUUCUCAACUCUCUCUAUAUAAGUAGCUAGAAGCUAGGUAUACCUACAUAUGUUUCAUGCAUACUGAGAUCGAUCGAUCCAUCAGGUUGCUACUACCAAGAACAGAAACCCUAGCUAGCUAGUUAAACAUCAUCGAUCACCAUUAGACUAAUUUAGAGCUCUUGCUCGAUCUUACGAUACGCAACGUAGUGAUCACACUGCUGUGCUGCAUCGUAUAGUAGCUAGCUAGCUAAACACAGAGCUUAAUUAGCUGAUUAAUUAAGGUAGAUGAUGGCAGCUCAGGCAAGCAGCAAGCGCGGCAUGCUGCUGCCACGGGAGGCGGUGCUCUACGACGACGAGCCCUCCAUGCCGCUGGAGAUCUUGGGCUACCACGGCAAUGGCGUCGGCGGCGGUGGCUGCGUUGACGCCGAUUACUACUACAGCUGGUCGGGGUCCAGCUCCAGCUCCAGCUCGUCGGUGCUCAGCUUUGACCAGGCGGCGGUCGGCGGCAGCGGCGGCGGCUGCGCCCGGCAGCUGGCUUUCCAUCCCGGCGGCGACGACGACGACUGCGCCAUGUGGAUGGACGCCGCCGCCGGCGCCAUGGUCGAGAACACGUCUGUCGUCGCCGGCGGCGGCAACAACUACUGUCAUCGCCUGCAGUUCCACGGCGGCGCCGCCGGUUUCGGACUCGCGAGCCCAGGCUCGUCGGUCGUUGACAACGGCCUCGAAAUCCACGAGAGCAACGUCAGCAAGCCGCCACCGCCGGCAGCCAAGAAGCGCGCAUGCCCGAGCGGCGAGGCGAGAGCAGCGGGGAAGAAGCAGUGCAGGAAAGGGAGCAAGCCAAACAAGGCUGCUUCUGCUUCUUCUCCUUCUCCUUCUCCUUCUCCUUCUCCUUCUCCUAACAAGGAACAACCUCAAAGCGCCGCUGCAAAGGUAAGAAGAGAGCGGAUCAGUGAGAGGCUCAAAGUUCUUCAGGAUCUCGUGCCUAAUGGCACAAAGGUAGACUUGGUCACCAUGCUAGAAAAGGCGAUCAACUACGUCAAAUUCCUCCAGCUGCAAGUGAAGGUUUUGGCUACUGAUGAGUUCUGGCCGGCACAAGGAGGGAAAGCACCAGAGCUCUCUCAAGUCAAGGACGCCUUGGACGCCAUCCUAUCUUCUCAGCAUCCAAACAAAUGAUGUUGUGCUGCUGACACAAAAUGCAUCAAAUUUCACAAAGCUAAUAUUAAGUUUGAUGCAUGUAAGAUCUUUAGAACAGAGGCAAUGUAACAGGGCUUCUGCUCUGAAAAGAUGAGAGAAUUGUUCUAUUGGACUUUCAGAGUUGGAAAUCAGUCGUGCAUCUUAGAUGUUUUUUUUCA